GUCGCGUUGAGGUAUAAAUGAUGGAGGGAAGUUUUGGUUCCUUUGCAAAAACGUUCCAACACAGUGCAGACAUGCUGAGGUUUCUUCUGUUGACAAGUCUAGCAGCCUUGGUGCUGGCUGAGCUGGGGCCCCAGCCCAGGUACCUGGAGGACAACCUUGAAAGGGUUGUUGGAGGUGAGGUGGCCAGACCCAACUCCUGGCCCUGGCAGAUCUCUCUUCAGUACAGAUCUGGCAGCAGGUUCUACCACACAUGCGGAGGAACCCUGAUUCAGAGAGGCUGGGUUAUGACUGCUGCUCACUGUGUGGACAGUAACAGGGAAUGGCGCGUUGUUAUCGGCGAACAUGACCUCAACAGCAACAGUGGCACGGAGCAGAUCAAGACUGUCAGCAGAGUUUAUAUCCAUCUGGGAUGGGACUCCAGCAACGUGGCUAAUGGAUUCGACAUCGCCCUGCUGCGUUUGUCCUCUGACGCCACCCUGAACUCCAAUGUCCAGCUGGGCUCUCUGCCUCCUUCUGGCCAGAUUCUUCCCCACAACAACUUAUGCUACAUCACCGGAUGGGGACGCACUUCCACUGGUGGCAGCCUCUCCUCUCAGCUGAAGCAAGCCUUCCUGCCUCUGGUCGGCCAUGAGACCUGCAGCAGCGGCGACUGGUGGGGCAGCACUGUCCUGCCCAUUAUGGUGUGCGGUGGUGGUGGUGCUGAGGCUGGAUGCAAUGGUGACUCUGGUGGCCCCCUGAACUGCCUUGUUAAUGGAAAUUACUACGUCCAUGGCAUUGCCAGCUUUGUGUCUGGUUAUGGAUGUGACUAUCCCAAGAAGCCCACCGUCUUCACCCGUGUCUCCGCCUACAUCGGCUGGAUGGAUGCUAUCAUGAACUAAACAGAGGAGUCAUCCAUCAUGCAGCAAACAAAGACAGAGACCACAUUUCCCCACCAAUAUUUCUGCUGUGCUUAUUCCCUUGGCUGGUCUCACCCUUCAGAAAAUAAACUUCAUUAAACAUUGA